ACGAAGCUUUCCUCUUUUCAUGACUCCUCUAUUUUUUUUUUUUUUUUUUUUUUUUUUUUUAGGCGACAUGUAUGUGGUCAGAAAUACAGGAAAAUAUGCUGCCCUGGCUGGACAAAACUAGGCAGAAGAUGCAGUAAACCGGUGUGCCUUGGUGAUUGUGGAGGAGGAAUAUGUAUGAGACCUAAUCAAUGUCUGUGUCCAAACAGACAAAUAGCACCAACCUGUUUUCCUGGAAAUUCAUGUCAGGUCGAUUGUCAAAAUGGUGGUCGUUGUGUUGGACAAAACCGGUGCUCUUGUAUGUAUGGAUUUGGUGGUCCGAAAUGUGAAAACGAUCUUCGAACUGGGCCUUGCUUCACACAGCUAUCAAAUUACCAGUGUAAAGGCCAGUUAAUUGGUGUGGUGUGUACAAAAGCUCUGUGUUGUGCAACCAUUGGUAAGGCUUGGGGUAACCCUUGUGAGAAGUGCCAGACAGAAUCUUACCCUUGUCGACGAGGAUACAUUCUCAAUGCUCAAGGAAAUUCCUGCCAAG